UUUUCCUUCUGCUUCAUGUCAAUACUUCACUACUGUUCCAAAUAUUAGCACUGAUGAAGCAGCUCUUCUUGCCUUGAAAUCUCACAUUUCUUCUUCAGAUCCUAACUACAUCUUAGCAAGCAACUGGUCUUCUUCCAGCCCAGUAUUGCAAAAGAUAAAGAAGAAUGCAGGUCAAGCAGAUCCGUCCCUGCUAAUAAGACAUGAAAGAAUUUCCUAUCAUGAAUUUGAACAAGCUACAGAAGGAUUCAAUGAAAGCAACUUGCUUGGUAAUGGGAGUUUCAGCAUGGUCUAUAAAGGGAUACUAAAGGAUGGUACUCUUUUGGCAGCAAAGGCAUUCAAUGUGCAAUUGGAAGGUGCAUUCAAAAGUUUUGAUACAGAAUAUGAGAUGUUGCGCAACCUCUGCCAUCGAAAUCUUACUAAAGUCAUCACUAGUUGCUCCACCCCCGAUUUCAAAGCCUUAGUAUUGGAAUACAUGCCGAAUGGAACAUUUGAAAAAUUGUUAUACAGUCAUAACUUAUUCUUAGACAUGUUGCAGAGAUUAGAUAUAAUGAUAAACAUUGCAUUUGCGAUGGACUAUCUCCACAAUGGCUAUUCAACACCAGUGGUGCAUUGCGACUUGAAGUCAAGCAAUGUGUUGCUAGAUCAAGACAUGGUUGGCCAUGUGAGUGAUUUUGGCAUUGCAAAAUUGUUAGGUGCAGGGGAGGUUUUUAUGCAAACUAGGACAAUUGCAACCAUUGGAUAUAUUGCUCCAGAGUAUGGACAAGAUGGAAUAGUAUCCACGAGUUGUGAUGUUUAUAGUUUUGGCAUCUUGAUGGUGGAGACGUUUACACGAAUGAGACCAAGUGAUGAAAUAUUUACUGGAGACUUAGCAUACGACGUUGG